AAAAUGGCGACGUCCAGUGAUAACUUCGAGUUUCUGUUUACAGUGGUUGCUAAUGAUAGCAUCCCUGUUUCAAAAUAUCGAUCGAAAGAAACUGGCAUUUCUAUUUUCAUAGCUCAGGUUGAAGGACCUCUUGUCAAUGGUUAUUUCUGUUUAGUGACACAAGCCCAUGAUGACGACGGCCUCCCUCACACCCUGGAGCACCACAUCUUUAUGGGCAGCGAGCAGUACCCAUACAAGGGCGUUCUGGACCUCCUGGCCAACAGGUGCCUGGCCUCAGGAACCAACGCCUGGACAGACACUGACCACACUUGUUAUACCAUGACAAACGCCGGAUCGGAGGGGUUCCUCAAACUGCUGCCCGUCUAUAUAGACCAUGUCCUUUAUCCAACACUCAAGGAAUCUGGGUACAUCACCGAAGUCCACCACGUUAAUGACGAGGGGGAGGAUGCAGGCGUGGUAUAUUGUGAGAUGCAGGCACGGGAGAACACGGGGGAGAGUCUCACUCAUCUAGCUAUGUUGAGGGGGAUGUACCCCGGUCACUGUGGCUACAAGUCCGAGACUGGUGGCAUGCUACUGAACCUCCGGGAGAGCACAUCUUACCCCAAGGUGUGCAGCUACCACAAGGAGUUCUAUCGGCCAGAGAAUCUGUGUCUGAUCAUCACAGGGCAGGUCACACCGGACAAGAUCUUUGCUGCCCUCAAGCCAGUGGAGGAUAGAAUCGUAGCAAAGGGAUCCAGGCCAGCUUUCACCAGACCAUGGCAGAGUGAAGUCCCAAGUCUAGACUCAACAGUACACAGAAACAUACCAUAUCCUUCUGAUGAGGAGAAACAUGGUAUGGUGAGGGUUGCAUGGAGAGGACCCAAGGCCAAGGAGCAGUACAAGAUGAUGAGUAUCGGCGUACUGCUCAACUACCUGUGUGACUCGGCCAUUUCUCCACUACAGAGGGAGUUUGUAGAGAUACCAGACCCUUACUGCAGCAAGAUAUCAGACUCCAUGAUAGAGAACCGAGAGAGCUGUAUCUACCUGAUGUUCCAAAACGUGCCUGUCGACAAGCUGGAACACAUUGAUGGAAAGUUGAAGGACGUGCUGCGGAAGCUGGGAUCAGGAGAGGAAAAGAUUGAUAUGAAGAGACUGCAGAGUCUCGUCCACAGGAGUGUGUUGGAGUCUCUCAAUAACGUGGAGGAUCAGCCCCACGACACGAUGGCGUUCAUCCUCAUCGGGGACUUCCUGUAUGGAGACAACAAGGAUGAUCUGGACAUACGAGUCAACUCCAUCAACAACUACAAGAAGAUGAAGGACGAGACGGAGGACUUCUGGGUAGAACUGCUCAACACCUACUUUGUGGACAAACCCACAGUCACAGUGGUGGGUACGCCCAGCAAGUCCCUGAUGGAAGACAUGGGGAAGACGGAGAAGGAGAGAGUGGCUGCCCAGAGGAAGAAGCUGGGAGAAGAUGGCUUGUCUAAUCUGGCGAAGCUAUUGGAGAAGGCCACGAAGGAAAAUGAGAUUGAACCUCCUGAGGAUCUGUUGACGAGUGUAACUGUUCCCGAUGUUGGCAGUAUACAGUUCCAUCCCCUAAUUCCUGCUGCAAACCUCAGUAAGGAGGCAGCAAACAAGAUUCCUGAGUUUCCAUUGGCUGAAAUUCCGUUUACGUUCCAGCUUGAUCACAUUCACACAAAUUUUGUCCAGAUUGUAGCCUUACUGGAUUCAAGCAACCUACCGCAGAAACUCAAGUAUUACCUCCCUUUGUUCUGUGAAGUCCUGUUGGAGAGCCCAAUCCUGCGAGAUGGAAAGCUGGUGUCCCAUGAGGAGGUGAUUGCCCAGCUAGAGGCCGACACGUUGUCCUCCAGUGUGGGUCUCGGUGUACGAGGUGGCAACUUCUCCUGUGGCUCGUUUCCUCAGGUGGCAAGUGUAGAGUUGAAGGUGGAGGAAGACAAGUACACCCAGGGAGUUACAUGGCUGAAGGAGCUGCUCUACCAGACUCAGUUUACAGCUGACAGACUGAAGAUCAUCGUAAACAGGAUGACCAAUGAUAUAGCAGCUUACAAGCGCAGUGGCUUCCGAGUAGUACGAACUGUCAUCAACGAAGUUCUCUACAAGAAGAAUUGCAACAGUGUGGUGGCCAGCAUCAUCCGCCAGCAGAACUUCCUCACACAGCUCUCCAAGACCCUGGAGACAGACCCCAACAAGGUUCUCGAGGACAUCGAGAGUCUACGUAAACUCCUCACUAUGCCCAGCAACAUCCGUAUCCACAUGUCAGCUGAUGUCAAGAAGUUGGCCAAACAGGAACCGCUGUUGCCAUGGAAACAGUUUCUUGACAGCAAGGAUUGUGGAGAUAGCAACAGCUGUGUGGAGAGGACAAGUACCUACAUCCAGACUUUUGAGGAGAGUCACAAGAAGUGUCUGCUGGUUGGGGUUGGAUCUGUCGAGUCAGCGUUCUUCAUCCAGGUGGUGCCGUGUGUAUCAGACUUCCACCAUGCCGACCUGCCAGCCAUCAUGGUGUUUAUACAGUACAUGACGCAGCUGGAGGGACCCAUGUGGAGGCAGAUCCGGGGCCUUGGACUCGCCUACUCCUACAGCAUGUACAUCAAGCCGGAAACAGGGCUGCUGUACUUUGUGUUGUCCAAGUCCACGCACGUCGUCAACGCCUACAAGGAGGGUCGGGACAUUGUGAUGGGCUACAUCAAUGGCAGCAAUGAGCUGUCAGAGGUGGACCUUGAGUCAGCUCGGAGCAGCCUCAUCUUCGAGAUCAUCGAGCAGGAGAAGACAGUGUCGGACGUGUGUAUGGAGUCCAUGCUGUCCUACUUCAGACAGGUUGACCAUGAGUACAACAAAUCUAUGUUGGAGAAGGUUUCCAAGGUAACCAUUGCUGACCUCAAGCGAGUGGGGUCACAGUACAUCGCCAGUCUGUUUGACCCGAAGAAGUUCCGCUGUGCAGUCUGCGUCAACCCUUCAAAGGUGGAUGAGGUUGUCAAAGAAUUUAAAGAGGUGUCUGUGCACUUAACAGUGCUGCCAUCUCUAGAAGACAACUUCCUCUGUGAAUAUGAAGUCUGAGCAUGCUCCAAGUUGCAUUAUGGGAAUUUGUGUCCUUGACAUUCAAGAUCUGUGGAGAGAUUGUCUUUCAUGUAAAUAAGUAUCAUGUGCAUUGGAAAAUGCCGAGUGGAAUACUGUUGAACUAUCAUCCACAGUCCUUGGCUUGCAUAUCACUGAAGGUUACUCGUUUCUUAUGAUACAGAAAUUUCUUGACAGUCAAGCAGAAUUAUUCCCCAUUGUUGAAGGACUCGAACAUGUAAGGCAGAAGGACAAACCCAGAUAACCAAUGAUGGGACUUCCCUUCGUGAUAUCCAUCACACAUGAUGGCAGAUUGUGUUGUUUUUUAAGCAGUGUUGACAGUAUGUCUCACUGUGAGAGAAAUUUAAGUAUAGUCCAGUUGUUGAAUAAGCUGAAAUCAAACAAGUUUAAUCAAAGAAGUGUUACUUGUUUAAUCCCCAAAUUAUGAUUGUCCAGCUGACAAUAUUGUUUAGGUAUAAUGUGUAGCUAGACGUUGUAUAUGUGGGGUAUACAGCUAACAUGUAAAACAUAUUUUCCCUGUGUCAUGUUAUAACCCACUGGAAUAACUAAGAAGUAGAGGAGUUUAAGAUAUGGUAAACAUUAUACCUGCUGUUGGUCUCAAUGCCUUGACUGAACAUGCAGUCAUUGACUGAUUUUUAGGUGAUGUCAGCAGUUUUCAGGAGUUCCUAUUAGUGAUACAAGAUGCAAUAAAGAAUGCAAAGAUAUGAUCAAGCACUGUAGUCCUCCACGUGCUGUUUUUGUCAAACACCCUCAACUGUUAUGCAAUUAAACAUGUUUAUAUAUUUCA